AUGUUGCGCCUGGCGGCGGCUGACGGUUACCCAUUCUCCAGACCUGCGUCGUCGCUGCCUCUCCGGUUCUCUCGUCCGUCUCGCUUCUCCUCGUUGGUCGCUUGUGCUCGACGUGGUGGGAAGAAAUCCUCGCCGACGGGGCAGAAUGGCGGCGCCCCCAGGAAGGCGAAGGUGAGAAGAAUCUCUCUACGUCUCCCUCCCUUCUCCCCCAUCCUCCUCGCUGCCUGCAGAACCUUGGAACCGACUCAUUUACCGUUCCUGACACUCGGGACGGGGUAAAUCCUUCAUUCUUCCGACUUUCUCGACGACCAUGUCGGAUUCACUUCGAAUUUGGAACCGAUGAUGGAAGGAGAAGACGGAAUUUCUGUACCCUUCAGGGAUAAUUCAUACUACUUUCUGAAUGAUUCUACAUCCACUGUAACUCUGUCUGGGCUUUUUGGAUGAUUCGACCGCAUACGUUGAAAGAUUUGAUAUCCCCAUGUUUUUUUAAGAAUUAUCCUCCUCUACUUAUGUAUGAUAUAUGGAUUUUCACCCAAGAUUUAGCCCAUCAAAUGGUGAGGCAGAUGGGUGGCCUAUUACUGAACCAGAUUUAUUAGCUCUCCGAAACCAUCUACGUCGGGGGGAUUGUACUGGAAAUCCUCUUCUGUUGAUGAUCCAAUCUAUCUUCGUCGUAUGUGUGAACUUUACAGAUGAACUCCACGUUUAGUUCUCCUUCAAUGGCUGCCAAAUAUUUGAUGGAUUCAGUCACAUGCUUGUUGGCUGUCUGCUUUUAGUUAUAUCCCUUCAGGUGCUUGGGGUCAUGCGUGAUGGUAGGCAUAUCAAUCUAUCUAUAUCAUUCUUGGGAGCUAAUACUGGCUAAUUUCCAAAGUUCACCAAGAACGUGAAGAAAUGGUUGAAAGGCUUAGCUUGCUCUGUUUCGUGGUAGUUUUCGAGGAAUAUUUUUCCUAACAAUGCAUGUUUGUUUCCCUUGGUAUCGUUUCAUUUUUAUGCCCCCAUGGAGACAGACAUCAAGGUAAUCGUGCAUGCUCAUGUACUAGUUUCAAUGGAAGUUCUUAGCAGUGUUCUUCUCGUUUAUUUCGGCAGAAACCACUGCCUGUUGAUGAGGCAGACGAGGAAGACAUUGAUGAAGAUGCCUUUGAGGCCCUCUUUAGCCUGCUCGAAGAGGAUCUUAAGAAAGACAAUUUAUCUGGUGCCGACUUUGACGAUGAGAUAUCUGAGGAAGAUUUAGAGAGACUUGAACGGGAAUUGGCUGCUGCACUUGGUGAUGAUGAGGAUGAUGAUGAUGAAGACGAAGAUGGUGGUUCUUCUGGAGGUGCGUCUGCUGGUCCAGACGAUACCGAUGAUGACGAUGAAGAUGAUGAAGAUCUCAGAUUACCAAAGCUGAAAAAUUGGCAACUUCGGAGGCUAGCCUCUGCUCUGAAGAUUGGUCGACGAAAAACCAACGUGAGCAACUUAGUAUUAGUUUCAAUUAAACAUGGCAUCGCCCUGUAAAAACUUUGUUACUUUAGAUUUUUUGUGUGGCUAGCCUGCCCUUACUUUGAUUCAAUACUCCUAGUUUCCCGACAUUAUUAUGAUAUGCCUGACUACUGUUCAUGGGUCUGGUUAUUCUUCUAUAUAAAUUUCGUAUUUGUUUCAAUUAAAUAUAUCAAGAUAUCAUCCGUAUGUAUGUAAGUAUCAUUAUCUUAAGUUUCUCGGUGACCAAUCUAACUCUUAUUUUUUUCAAUUCUCCUAGUUGCCGGAGACCAUUAUAAGUUAUCUCAUUGCUUUUCAUCGGUCUGGUUAUUUUCUGGAUGAAUAUAUAUAUUUUUUAUUUUAUAUAUUGAAGGUUGGAUGAACUUGUAGCCAUCAUCAUUCAAGGUUCUUCUUAAGGGCUAAUCCACCGUCGAUUUUUACUGUGCCACUGCUUGAGAUCAGGAUGAUUUACCUCAUCAGUAUUCAUGGGUCUCGUUAAUCUGCCAGAUCAAAUCCCUUUCAGCUGAGCUUGGCCUGGAACGGGCCGUCGUCCUGGAAUGCCUGCGUGACCCCCCACCGAAUCUUCUUCUCAUGGUGGCAACGUUGCCUGACAAGGCGGUGGAGGAACGACCACUGCCUGAACCCAUCGAAGAAGAUGCAUCUGUAGAAGUCCAUGCGGAGCAGGUAGAUGCGCCUGCGGGAGCAGCUCCGGCGGCGGAGCGAGCCCCGGUGCAUGCCAUGAAGGCCAGCUGGGCGAUGAACAAGAGACUUAAGAAGGUCCAAGUUGAAACCCUCGAGCGAGUUUACGCUCGAGCCAGGCGCCCCACGGUGAGCGGAAACCAGAAAUUAUUGUGGGUUUGGGGCGCGUGCUCCAAUUAUUUUCGUAAAAUUUGUCAAUGGCUGGGCUCACAGUUCCUCCUCCUCCUCCUCUGCAAUCCCCCGGCAGAACACGAUGAUCAGCAGCAUUGUGCACACGACGAACCUUCCAUGGAAGACGGUGGUCAAGUGGUUCGAGGACAAGCGGGUCGAAGACGGGGAGCCCGAGCGCCGCCAGCCCUUCCGGCGAUCCGAGCACGGGACGGUCUUCUCCUCCAACGGAUGA